AUGGAAGGAGGAGGCAGCACAGCGCUGCUGGAUGACUCAAUCUUCGGGGAAGACGAUGUUGGAGGUUAUGGCGGAGGUAGCAAUGCUCUGCUGCUGAUGCCGCGGAAGCCCAAGGAAAAGAAGUCAGGCGGGCCUAAGAAGCAGCAGCAGGAGCUGCAGCAGCGCCACCAACAAAAGAAGCCCAAUAGUACCAGGAAACAAAGGAAGUUGCAGCAACUGUUGAAGAAACACACGGACAGGGACCUGAAGGCCGAGCUGUGCAAGGAGCUGGAAAAACACCAGUUGAAAGCUAUCACGAAGCCACUGGAGGAGAGUGCUGCAGCAGCCAUUGCUUCUGAUGUAAUUGCCCCACCAGGGGACUCCGACAAUGCUGCUUUAACUCAAACAGCAGCAGGAACAGUAGCAUCUGCAGCAGGCAUUCAUAGCGAAGAGGUACAGCUAGCUAAGGCGCAGCUGUUGCUUGGCGGGGGUCUGCUGCUCACAGGCGUUAAAGGCCGGCGACUGCAGAAGAAGGCUCGCAAGGCUCUGCUGGUCCAGCAGGAGAUGCAGCAACGGCAGCACCAGCUGCAAAUGCAGCGCCAGCUCAAGGCACAGCAACAAACGCUUCUAGAACAGAAUCAGCAGCAAACAAAAUCUACAAGGCAUUCGGAAACUACCAAGGAGGAAACCCAACCAACACAGCAGCCCGAGCAGCAACAAAAUCACGACCAGAAACAGCAGCAGCAACAACAGCAGCAAAGUCACGCAGUGCAGCAUCUCGAGGACAAUAACCUGAAGAACCAAGCUAAGAGCUGCAUCGCUGCCACCGCCGCUAGCAACAGCAGCAGCGGGAGCAGCAGCUGUUCGUCUUCCAAGCCCAAGGCAGAUCCUGCUACUUCCGCGAAAGCAUGCCCUGUAGCGGCAGGACGAGCAGGAGGAGGAACAACAGGAGGAGGAACAAUAGGGAGGACAGUAGCAGGUGGAGCAAGAGGAGGGAAGGUUGUUCAGCUGCCGACAGUUUCUUUCUCUCCUGAGACAGCGACGAGGUGUCUCCAUCGUUGCGCUGCAAUUGAAGCGGCGAGGGCAUCUUUGCCUGCUGCUGAGGCGGAGGGGCGCGUGUUGUCUUUCCUACUACAGCAGCAGCACCCCAGCUCGAGAGACGCGGAAGACUGCAGGAGCAGCAGUUCGGAUGAGGGGCACAUGUCAAGCAGCCUUGAGGUUCCCUGGCGUAUGGAGGGAUAUGAAGGGGCUCGAGCGCUCUCUAUCCCCCAAUUUGUCUUUGAGUCAGGAAUCUGCUACCCAGAGAUGCUCUUCCACAAGAAAUGCCAAGCGGCUCGCCAGCUGCUUCAAGAGGAGACAGCAGUGGGGCCCCAAACGAGCAACUCCGCUGACCCUGGAGAUGCGCCUGCAGCACCAGAAGCAGCAAUAGUGCCUGCAGCUGCUGCGGUCCGGCUGGGCGUUGUCUCAGCAGAAGCAACUAAGCAAGGAAUCCUUGUUCGUAGACAGCUGUGCAUUUGCAUCACGCAGCCGCGAAGAGUUGCUGCUGUUUCCUUGGCUAGAAGAGUGGCAGAGGAGAUGGGAUCGCAAGAGCUCGUGGGCUAUCAGGUUCGCCACGACAAACACAACGUGGGGCCCCGUUGCCGCCUCAAGUUCGCGACCGAUGGCGUUUUGUUGAGGGAAAUACAGGAGGACUUCCUGCUUAGGAAGUACUGCUGCAUUGUGGUAGACGAGGCCCACGAGCGCAACAUCAACGUUGAUUUGUUGCUGGGACUUUUGUCUCGAGUGGUGACUCUGAGGCGCGAGCGGUUCAUGCAAGAGAAAGACACACUGCCUCCACUCAAAGUGUUGAUAAUGUCAGCCACUCUUAGAGCCACGGAUUUCACAGCCAACGCCCACCUUUUCUCUCCCCCACCAGCCUUGUUGACUCUGGAGAGCCGCACAUUUGAGGUGCGAGUACACUUCAGCAAGAAGACACCCGACCGAUAUGUCCAAGCAGCCGUCAAGAAAGCGCUCCAAAUUCACACGCGUCUCCCCGCGGGGUCUGUGCUCGUAUUCUUAACGGGGAGGUCAGAGGUCUUGGAAGCGGUGAAGAUGCUGCAGGAGUGGCAGCAGCGGCGAGAGAGGAAGCUGCGGUUUUCCUCUGCGACUGCCACUGUUGCUGCUGCUGCAGAAGACGAAUCUAAUGAGGAAACUGCCUCAGAGGCAGAGUUUCUGCUAUCUGAUCAGAGCGAGGACGAGCCGCUGCCGCUGGAAGAGAAUGCUCCAGGAAGCUCUGACAGUGAUGUGUCUCUACACUCGCAAGACAGCGGAGCUUCUCAAAGCAGGGGGCGAUGGAGGCACAAACCCGGUUUGCCUGACAAGCUGCUGGAGCUGGCCCUAGGGAGCGACGCAGAAGACAAUGAGGAGUCUCAGGAUGGAGUCAAGGAAGCGGAAGCGGCAGUUCUGCAAGCUGUACUAUCUGCUUCUCGUGCCUCCCCGUCUGUUCAGGGGAGCCCUGGGGGGGUUCCCAAGACCGGCGACGGCACUUCAUCUACAGGAUCAGGAGAAAGAGGGUCAUCGGAAGUUACUGCUGGAGAUACCAGAGACGACCCUAAGGCAGCAAGGAAGAGUAGAAUUGUGGAGACGCGUGUCCCGGGCAAUACUCUGGGGGGGACCAAUCUGUCUUCAGCCGACUGCAUGAAAUCUGCACAAGUCACUGAAGGGAAGCCAAGGUCGCAUGAGGCGACUCCUGGGGCCUCUGCAGCUCAUACGCUGACUGCCACAUUCGAUGCUCCAGACAUGUCAAAGCGCCGGAACCAAAAAGGCGUCCCUGAAGGAGGGUGGCUGGGCGCAGGCGCGCUACGACGGAAGAAGCCGUCGGAGGGGAAGAGACACAGCAGCAGCACUGGUGAAGUGCAGGAAGGCGCACGACUCUCCGAUGCGAAGGAUACCGAGGAGUCGGAAGAAACUCACUCCGUACCGAGGCUCACUGUUCUCCCGCUGUACGCGACGCUGCCUAGGGAGCUACAGCGCCUCGCCUUCGAGCCCCCCUCCCCCGACGAGAGACGCGUGAUCGUAGCAACCAAUGUUGCGGAGACAUCUCUGACGCUGCCGAACGUGCGUUACGUCGUGGAUUCAGGGCGGGAGAAGAGGAGGAUCUUCACCGGGUCGGAGGGCUUCUCGUACUUCACCGUUACUUUGACAACCCAGGCAGCAGCUCAGCAACGCACUGGUCGAGCUGGUCGCGUCGGUGCUGGCGUCUGUUAUCGAUUGUACUCCUCAGCCGUUUUCCAACAUGAUAUGGAACCUCACCCAACGCCGCAGAUACACACGGUGCCGCUGGACCACUUGCUACUAUUCAUGGCUGCGCUGGGAAUCCCCCGCCCAUCCGCCUUCCCCUUUCCUUCUCCACCUCCAGGGACUGCCCUUGCCAAUGCGCGUCGCCGCCUGGUUGCACUGGGGGCUCUCGAGCCCAAGUCGAAUCUCUCGGCGCCCCGUCGCAAGCAGCAGCGGAAUGACGGUCGCGAACCUGAGGUUUGCUGCACAGCGCUUGGCCGCCGCAUGAGUGAAGUGCCGAUUCCCCCCCGCUUUGCAAAGAUUCUGCUUUUGGCGUGCUCCCGGCACAAAGAGCACGGCCCCCAAUUUGUCGCCCUAGCGUGCUAUCUAGUGGCUGCCCUCUCUAUUGGAGAGUUGCUGCCGACUUUGCCUCGGGAGGGCGAGGCGUCGGAUCCAGAGAGUGGCCCGGCGGGUCUCCCAGGAUCCGCCAGGAGCCCCGGUAGGAGGCCAUGGCAAGAGUACGACAGCGACCUAGAUGCAUACAUUUGGCUUUGCGGAGCCUAUAGCCACGCGAAGAAUCCGAUCAGCUUUUGCAAAUCAUAUGGCGUGGACGCCUCCAGAUUGGCUGAGGUGGGGGCGCUUGCAGCGCAGCUGGCCCAGCUUAUGCGUACCCUGCUGCAGCAGGCUCGACGUACGGAUUCUUCUCAAGCUGCUGAGGCUGAUCUGGAGGUGUUGAAGGCGCCUCUGCGGCUUGAACCUCCAGCGCCGGAGGCCAGACGCUGCCUGCACCAGUGUGUCGUGCAAGGCCUCAUAGAUCACGUGGCGGCCUGGCAAGACCCGCCCCGUCUGCCUCCAGACGCGUCCCCAGCCCAACGAGCAGCAGCUCGCGGGGGCUACCGCUGCGCGGAGCUCAAAGGGGAGUUGGCUCGCGUCCACUGCACCUCCAACAUACUGCACGUCUCGCCUCGGCCGAAACUCCUCGUCUACAACCAAUUAAUUCACACUGGCCGCGGGGUGCUGCAAGUCUGUCAUCCAAUUGACGAUGUGGAUCUUAGCAGCAGCGACACGCCGCUUGUACAGCACAGUUUUCUGCAAUUGCCGGCCCCAGCAUACGACCCAAGCCGAGAUGCAGUUGUCGGCUGGUCCCGGCCAACGUACGGUCCCCUACAGUUGCCGCUGCCGGCAGUCGAGAGACCCCUCCCCCGUAUUCGGGGUCCGGUGGCUUCGCCGCUCUCCACCCAGGAGCAGCAGCAGCAGCAGCAGCUGUACGCAUGCUUUGCUGCAGCACUUGUAGCUGGGAGGGCCAUACCUCGUCUCAAGAAGUUCGGGCCUUCCUUGUCGGUAACGGCCGAAGGAAUGCUUGCAGGGAGCUGCUCGGGGACGUUCGCAGUGCGGGCCUUUGUGGCGGAACUGGCCAAGAGAGAGGUUGCGUCUCGGGCUGAGCUGCUUAAGCUGUGGAAGUCGGAGCCGAAGUUCUUACUCGCCGAAUUUGUUGGGCUGUUGCGUUCAUACAACUACGAGACGUUGCAGGAUGUGCACGACAUAUGGCCGCCCGUAUGA